AUGGCCACGCCAGAGAAACCUCGGCGACGGUUUGUUCCAGAGCCCAUUGAGACCACGUUUUCGACGAGCAGAUCCAACAAGACAAAUGAGAAGAAGGAUCAACAACAAACUCCCACUAUGAGACCCAACCCAGAACCUACCCCCGAGCCUUCGCCUCGUUCGCCCUCCCCCGGUCUCCAUGAGCUGCAUCAGAAACCACGACCCAAGCGACGCUUCGCUCCUCAGCUGAUUGAGACCUCUCGCAGGAGUCGCAGAGAGGGAGAUGCAGGACCCGCGACCAAACCUACCGACAAGACUGACAUUACCCCCUAUACGAGGAACAUCUACAACGCAACAAAACCUCGCGGAAGGAGACGAGAUAGUGCCCACGAACCCCCCGCCAAUGGACCCAGACGUCGCGAAUCCGAGGACGAAAAUGUCGUCCAGUUUCUACUGGAGAUUGCGGCGAAGGAGGCAGAGCGACAGAUGCAGGAGGCUGCUAUGUCUGCUUUCCCCAACAGCCACGUCCGUGAAGGCAACGUAGACCAUUUCUACUUCCGCGAGAGUUCAGGAAGCGAUCAGUCCCCCGAAAGUACGUCUCCAGUGCACGAUCACCAUGGUCACCCAGUCAAGCACCACCACAAUGUGCGGCGGCAGUCAUCCGACAGCAACCUUGGCUGGUGGCACAAGCACAUGCAAGAGCAUGUCGAAUCCAACCAGGAACAGCAUGACGAUCAUAUGGAGGUUGAUGAGAAGCACGAUGAGAUGGAUACCCUCGUUGAAGAGCCCGUUCUGGAGACGCCUGUGAUUAAGGAGGACGACACCAUGAUGCGCACUGACACUGCCGACCUCGACAACAUGGAGUUCGACAUGCCUCCGGAUCCGAUGUGGACCACCUCUAAUACACCCCGUGAUAGCAGCAGCAAGCGGUCAUCGAUUGGGGUCAGUGGCCCGAUUGGCGAGACGCAUAUGCCGCUGCUCGAGACCGACUCUUAUCUGACCGCCGAGCAACUCAACAAGACCGCAUCCCCGGCACCUGCAGCAUCCGGGCAUAUUGGUGAAUCUACAAUGCCCUUCAUCCCGUCGGCCCCGGCCGUCGGAUCUGCAGAUGCUCCUUUCGCCAAAGCUUCUCAAAUACCCCCAGACACCGGCGGCUUUGCUUCAACUCGCAACCUUGCCCGACCCUUCGGAUACCGACCUUUCGGACGUGGAUCGCCUGCUCCUUCUUUCCAGAAAAAGCGUCUGGGUGUCACUCCCCCCAUGCUCGGCAAAGAUCUUGUUUUCCGGAAGUGUCCGUCUCCCAAGCAGACGAAGCUUGAGCCCGAUCACUCAUUCACAGAGCAGCACAAUGCUGAGGAGAAGCUUCGGGAUCAUUCGGGCGAGAACGGUCUCUGGCGUGGUUACUGCUUCAGAUCAGACUCGAAUGAUAACUAUCUAGUCCCAGCUGACCUGCAUGGCCCACCGAUGCUGGCUACACCCAGGCCGGUUGUGACUCCCGGUACUGCCUCGCAUAUCAGUUCCCCACCUUUAACAGACGAACCUGCGUCCGUGAAUGGCACAACCAAUGGCCGAGCCAAUGGUUUGUGGACACGGCCCGGUCCUCCCAAGGGGCUCCACAUGCUCCAUGGUAUCAACGAGCGCCUGCAGAAGGAAAAGACCCAUGCUGAGCUCGAAGAAAAGAUCGAGCAGGAGUUUGAUGAUAGCUUCGUUACUCAAGUCUACAACUACCUAUCACUAGGCUACCCCGCUAUGGCUCGCUCUUUUGAUGGCGAACUAUCCCGGAUCAGCCUUAUGAGUAUCCAGGAUCUCGAGAAGGAUGACGAGAAACAACUUGCUCAAGGUCACCUUGUCGAGUCAGAGGCCGAUAAGCCGCGCGAUCAGAGAUGUCCACGAUGGCAUGCCCUCCAGUCCUACAUCAAGGAAUGGGCUAGACAGCACCCAAACCUUGACAGUAUGGAUCCUGUUGGGUGGGGUGUCCGAGAACGACGAGGCAGCUGGGCUGUCUAA